AUGGCCACCAACAACAUGAACAACCUGACGACGCUCAUCAAGAGACUCGAAGCUGCCACUGCCCGGCUCGAGGACAUUGCGUCGUCCACCAUCGAGCUCCCCCAAGCCGUCCCAGGCCUCCAACGAUCCAUCGCUUCCCCCGAGGCGGGCGGCUCUUCUGUUUCGACGCCUUCUGCUGCCCCCUCUGCUGCCGCCACUGCUGCUGCCGCUUCGAAAGCGCCAGCAGUCCCCGACGAACCCCUCCCCGAAAUCAUCGAAGAGUUCGACGUGUUCCUCAAUGGCGCCGUGGCCAAGUUUGUGGAGCUGAGCAACAAGCGUGGCGGCCUCGUCGCCGAGCAGGCUGCCAAGGUCGCGGAAGGCUUCCGCGCGCAGCGCACGUUCCUACUCAUCUCGACCAAGGCCAAGAAGCCCGAUGUGAACGGCGCCGAGAUGACCGUCUAUCAGGACCUGCUGAAGCCCAUCAACGAGGCCCUCAUGGCCGUCAGCGCCAUCAAGGACAACAACCGUGGCGCCACCGAUUUCAACCAGCUGAGCGCCGUGUCCGAGGGUAUUAUGGUUCUCGCCUGGGUCACGCUCUCCGGCCGGGCCUUCAAGAUGGUGGAGGAGUCGCUGGGUGCCGCCCAGUUCUUUGGCAACCGCGUGCUGAAGGAGUACAAGGACAAGGAUCCCCAGCAGGUGGAGUGGGUGCAGAGCUUCUACCAGAUUUUCCGCGACCUGGCCGAUUACACAAAGGAGUUUGUCAAUAACGGCAUUCCUUGGAACCCCAAUGGCAAACCGGCGGCCGAGGCCGCCAAGGAGGUGGCCGCAUUAGCACCCGGUGCCGCGUCGUCCGCCUCCGCACCGCCACCCCCGCCCCCGCCUGGUCCUUCGGCUGGCGGUGCGCCGCCGCCGCCACCGCCGCCACCUCCACCCGGCCCUCCUCCCGUCCUGCAAAUCAAGGAUGAGUCGGCUGCUCAGACCAACGGUGCCAGCUCGGCGAUUGGUGCUGUGUUCUCGGAGAUCAACAAGGGCUCGGACGUGACCAAGGGCCUGCGCAAGGUCGACAAGUCGCAGAUGACGCACAAGAAUCCGGAACUGCGGGCAAGCUCGACGGUGCCCGGCGGAGGUGCUGCGGCAGGGGCAGGCGGCCAGCGUGGCAAGAGUCCGGUGCCGGGUAAGAAGCCGAAGCCGGAGAGCAUGCGGGUCAAGAAGCCGGCUAAGAAGGAGCUGGACGGCAACAAGUGGACCAUUGAGAACUACGACAAGGAGGCGGCCGCGGCCGGGCCCAUUGAGAUCGUGGUCAACAUCAACCAGUCGAUCCUGAUCAGCAAGUGCUCGAAUGCUACAGUCAUUGUGCGCGGCAAGGGCAAUGCCGUGACCGUUGAGAACACGGACCGGCUGUCGUUGGUUGUGGAGACGCUCGUGUCGUCGGUGGACGUGGUCAAGUCCAAGAACUUUGCGCUGCAGGUGCUGGGUACCAUCCCAACGGUGAUGCUCGACCAGGUGGACGGUGCACAGGUGUACCUGAGCAAGGAGAGCACGUCGGCGCAGGUGUUUAUGAGCAAGACGGAGGGCGUCAACCUCAACAUCAUCACGCCGGCCGAGCAGCUGGGCGCAGACGAGGAGGAGGGCGACUACAAGGAGGUGCCGCUGCCGUCGCAGAUCUGCUCGUACUUUGACGCGGAAAAGGGCGAGCUGGUCAGCGAGAUUGUGUCUCACGCCGGUUAG